UGCUCCGCGCCGGCUGCGUCCCGUGAUUGGCUGCACCGUCCCCACGUGACGUCGAACUGGCGGCGCCGGUUGCCUGGGCGACAGCUGGAGAAGUGGCGGCGGAGCGGGUUUGGCGCGGGCGGCAGCGGCCGUGCAGCAGAGAUUUUUGCUGCCGUGAGAAUUAACAGUAACCGUUCAAUAUGGGGGAUGUUCUGGCUCACGAAUCAGAAUUACUUGCACUAGUGAAAGAGUAUUUAGAUUUUGCUGAAUUUGAAGACACCUUGAAAACAUUUUCAAAAGAAUGCAAAAUAAAAGGAAAGCCAUUAUCUAAAACAGAAGGUGGCUCUUUAAGGGAUUCCAAAUCACUGGUCAUCCAGAAGGACCUCAUUGCUGCAUUUGACAGCGGAGACCAGAAGGUGUUCUUCGAUCUGUGGGAGGAGCACGUUCCCAGUUCCAUCCGUGAUGGUGACCCCCUUGCCCAGAAGUUGGAAUUCUAUCUUCACAUCCAUUUUGCCAUCUAUCUUCUGAAACACUCCGUGGGGAGACCUGACAAAGAGGACCUGGAUGAGAGGAUUUCUUAUUUCAAAACCUACCUGGAGACCAAAGGGGCAGCGCUGAGCCAGACCACAGAGUUUCUCCCUUUCUAUGCUCUGCCUUUUGUUCCCAACCCCAUGGUACACCCCUCGUUUAAAGAGCUCUUCCAGGAUUCUUGGACUCCAGAAUUAAAGUUGAAGUUGGAAAAGUUUCUGGCCUUAAUUUUUAAAGCCAGUAACACGCCAAAGCUUUUAACAUUAUACAAGGAAAAUGGACAGAGUAACAAAGAAAUGUCGCAGCAGCUCCACCAGCAGCUGAUAGAAGCCGAGCGUAGGUCAAUGACGUACCUGAAGCGGUACAAUAAGAUCCAGGCAGACUACCACAAUCUCAUCGGGGUCACGGCAGAGCUGGUGGAUUCCCUGGAGGCCACGGUCAGUGGCAAGAUGAUCACGCCGGAGUACCUGCAGAGCGUAUGCGUCCGCCUCUUCAGUAACCAGAUGCGACAGAGCCUGGCCCACAGCGUGGACUUCACGCGGCCUGGGACGGCUUCAACCAUGUUAAGAGCCUCCUUGGCACCAGGUAGGAAGCUGAAGGAUGUCCCAUUGCUGCCCUCCUUGGAUUAUGAGAAACUGAAGAAGGAUUUGAUUUGGGGGAGUGACCGCUUGAAAGCCUUCUUGUUGCAGGCUCUGCGCUGGCGCUUGACCACAUCCCAUCCUGGAGAGCAGAGGGAGACCGUCCUGGAAGCCUACAUUGGCAACGACCUCCUGGACUGUCACAGCCACGGCCAGAGGAGUGUGCUUCAGCUGCUGCACUCCAAGAGCGAGGUGGUGCGACAGUACAUGGCCCGGCUCAUCAAUGCCUUCGCGUCCCUGGCGGAAGGUCGUCUCUACCUGGCCCAGACCACAAGGGUGCUGCGGAUGCUGGAGGAAAGGCUGAAGGAGGAAGACGAGGAUGUUGUCACCCGGGAGAACAUUCUCGGGGCCUUGCAGAAGUUCAGCCUCAGGCGCCCGCUGCAGACAGCGAUGAUUCGAGACGGCCUCAUCUUCUGGCUGAUUGAUAUUCUGAAGGACCCCGACUGCCUGUCUGACUAUACGCUGGAGUACUCGGUGGCUUUGCUCAUGAACCUCUGCCUCCGGAGCGCAGGGAAGAACAUGUGUGCCAAGGUGGCAGGCCUGGUGCUGAAAGUUCUUUCGGAUCUGCUCGGCCAUGAGAACCACGAGAUACAGCCGUAUGUGAACGGAGCUCUGUACAGCAUCCUUUCUAUUCCGUCCAUUCGUGAGGAAGCAAGGGCAAUGGGAAUGGAGUACGUCCUCCGCUGCUUCAUCAAAGAAGGCAAUGCUGAAAUGGUUCGCCAGAUCGAAUUCAUCAUCAAGCAGCUUAAUUCAGAGGAGCUACAGGAUGGUGUUCUUGAAUCUGAUGAUGAUGAAGAGGAAGAUGAUGAAGAGGACUAUGACACUAUGGAAGCUGAUCUGGACAAAGACGAGCUGAUCCAGCCCCAGCUUGGAGAGCUCUCGGGCGAGAAGCUUCUGACCACGGAGUACUUGGGAAUCAUGACCAACGCGGGGAAGAUGAGGCGGAAGGGCCUGGCCGGUGUGCAACGCGGUGCCGACGAGCCCCUGUGCCGGCCCGUCACCCCUGGCGGCCACAGGACGGGGUACCCAGUGCCGGAAGACCAUCCCGUUCCUCCCCAGAUGGCCCAACGUGCGGGAAACGGCGGCCUCCCGUCCCUGACAAGCGCCCCCCGUCCAGUGCACCAGGGGGGUGAGGCUGGUGCUUCGGGGCCUUCACCCUCCACGGUGGACAUCAAACCGGGAGAAUGGUUGCCAGCGGGACAUCAGGGAGAGGUUCGUCUGCCCUCGGCGGGGGACCCCAGCCAGGCCCUAGACGGUGGAGACACCACCAGGGAAUUUACAUCGGCCUUCACCUGCAAGCCCCGGACCCCCCGGACCCCUGAGAUCCUGGACCUGAACCCACCCAAGGCCAAGGCAUCCACUCUGGCCCCUCAGUUCUCCUCGUGUGGCCCCCAGCAGGCCAGCCGCCCCAGCUCCAUGACCUCCUCCACGAGCGGGCCACAGAGCGGCCAAUCUUACAGGAAGUGAGGAUGGUCUCUUCGCCGGUGUCACCGUCCCGUUGCCCGAGGACCAGCCAGCUUCCCUUCCUCGGCCGGCCAGCAGCUGCAGGUGACAGAUGUGGAGGAGACCGUUGUCUGCCAGCGGCCAGGCGAGGCUAGCUCUCCGGGCAGCCCAGGAGCAGCCCCCCCACAGCCCCCGGGACACCGGGUCCUGUCCCUGCCCGUCCCCGGCCGCCCCUCACACACAGGAACAGACCUGGGUAGACGGUGCGAGCUGCUCACGUCAGGAGCCUGUGGGGGGGCACAGGGACUGGAGACUCGGCCCGAGACGGGGCCUUGGCCUCAGUGGAAACCGUCGCUCCUCUCGGUCCAGCCAGAAGGAGACUGAAGGGAUUUAGAAUAAGGGAGACGCAUCCUGAAGCCAUAUUCCUGAGCAGCAGAUUUGAUAUUCUUCCUUUUUUAAAAUCUGGGAUGAAUAUGAUAUAUUCCCGUACGUAGCUUGGACUAUGUCGCUGUUUCCGAUCUUCUGCACGCGUGUUUUAAAGGCCUCGUAGGGUUGACGCCAUUUCCCCCUCCCCUGCCUCCUUUAAGACCGUAAACACAAACAGCUCCCCUGGCAAAAUGAGCGG